AUGAGGGUCCUCGCCAGUGCCGGCCUUGUGCUCUGCGGCCUGCUGCUGCUCCUCCAGGCCCCCGCCACCCUGGGCCUGGCCCCCCAGUCCAGAGGGACCCUCUGCCGGACGCGGCCCUCGGACGUGGUGUUUGUGGUGGACAGCUCGCGCAGCGUGCGGCCCGUGGAGUUUGAGAAGGUGAAGGUGUUCCUGUCCCAGGUCAUCGAGUCGCUGGACGUAGGGCCCAAUGCCACCCGGGUGGGCGUGGUCAACUACGCCAGCGCCGUGAAGCAGGAGUUUCCGCUGCGGGCCCACAGCUCCAAGGCUGCGCUGCUGCAGGCCGUGCGCCGCAUCCAGCCCCUCGCCACGGGCACCAUGACCGGCCUGGCCAUCCAGUUUGCCAUCACCAAGGCCUUCAGCGACGCCGAGGGUGGCCGUGCCAGGUCCCCCCACAUCAGCAAGGUGGCCAUCGUGGUGACGGACGGGAGGCCGCAGGACAGCGUGCGGGACGUGUCUGCGCGGGCCCGGGCCAGCGGCGUCGAGCUGUUUGCCAUCGGCGUGGGCCGCGUGGACAAAGCCACGCUGAGGCAGAUCGCCAGCGAGCCGCAAGAGGAGCACGUCGACUACGUGGAGAGCUACAGCGUCAUCCAGAAGCUGUCCAAGAAGUUCCAGGAGGCCUUCUGCGUGGUAUCAGAUCUGUGUGCCACAGGGGACCAUGACUGUGAGCAGGUGUGCAUCAGCUCCCCCGGCUCCUACACCUGUGCCUGCCGCGAGGGCUUUACCCUGAACAGUGAUGGCAAGACCUGCAAUGUCUGCAGCAGUGGUGGUGGCAGCUUGGCCACUGACCUUGUCUUCCUCAUCGAUGGGUCCAAGAGCGUGCGGCCGGAGAACUUUGAGCUGGUAAAGAAGUUCAUCAACCAGAUCGUGGACACACUGGACGUGUCGGACAAGCUGGCCCAGGUGGGGCUGGUGCAGUACUCGAGCUCUGUGCGCCAGGAGUUCCCUCUGGGCCGCUUCCACACCAAGAAGGACAUCAAAGCGGCGGUGCAGGACAUGUCCUACAUGGAGAAGGGCACCAUGACCGGGGCUGCCCUCAAGUACCUCAUCGACAACUCCUUCACCGUAUCCAGCGGGGCCAGGCCUGGCGCCCAGAAGGUGGGCAUUGUCUUCACGGAUGGCCGGAGCCAGGACUACAUUAAUGACGCGGCCAAGAAGGCCAAGGACCUGGGCUUUAAGAUGUUUGCCGUGGGUGUGGGCAACGCUGUGGAGGACGAGCUGAGGGAAAUUGCCUCGGAGCCUGUGGCAGAGCACUACUUCUACUCGGCCGACUUCAAGACCAUCAAUCAGAUCGGCAAGAUAUUGCAGAAGAAGAUCUGCGUGGAGGAAGACCCGUGUGCCUGCGAGUCCAUUGUGAAAUUCCAGACGGAAGUGGAGGGGCUGCUGCAGGCUCUGACCAGGAAGCUGGAAGCUGUGAGCAAGCGGCUGGCGGUGCUGGAGAACAGAAUCGUCUAA